UGAUUUGAAAGUUUAAAUCAAAAUAGCAGAGCAGUCGAAGGUUUGGAACAUGGAGCUGUACUACUCACCAGGAUCAGCGCCCUGCCGGGCAGUACAGAUGACGGCCAUGGCUCUUGGCGUCCCGCUGAAGCUGAAGGAGAUACAGUUGAUAAAUGGGAAACAUCAGAGACCGGACUACGGUCGAAUCAGCCCACAGCAUAGCAUUCCGACGUUGAAGGAUAAGGAUCUCAUCCUGUGGGAGAGCAGAGCAAUUCAAAUCUAUCUGGUCGAUCAGUACGGGAAGGAUCAUAGUUUGUACCCGAAGGAUCCCGCAAAGCGAGCCAAAGUCAACGAAAGACUAUUCUUUGAUGCAUGCAUUCUCUAUCACAGAUUCACGGAGUAUUAUCACGAGCAGGUAUUCGGUGGUUUAGAAGGGGAUGACAAGAAACUGGAAGCGUUGGAGGAUGCUGUUAAAAUGCUGGAUUUGUUCCUGGAAGGACAACCCUACGUAACGGGUGAGUCCAUGACGGUUGUGGAUUUGAGCAUUCUGGCGACGGUUGCUACGAUGAACUCGCUCGGUUUCGAUCUGAAGCCUUAUCAUAAUGUUUAUGAAUGGUACAAGCACAUGAAAGAUGUAGCCCCGGGAUCGAAUUUCAACGAACAGGGAGCAAAGGAGUUCUCUUCAUACAAAUAGCGAUUAUAUGCAAUAUGGGUAAUUUGAUGU